UACAUGCUUCCCUUAGGCAACAUCAUUAGAAGACAUAGCAUAAAUUUUCACUGCUAUGCAGAUGACACGCAGCUCUAUCUAUCCAUGAAGCCAGGUAACACACACCAAUUAGUUAAACUGCAGGAAUGUCUUAAAGACAUAAAGACCUGGAUGGCCGCUAACUUUCUGCUUCUUAAUUCAGAUAAAACUGAGGUUAUUGUACUCGGCCCUGAAAAUCUUAGAAAUAUGGUAUCUAAGCAGAUUCUUACUCUGGAUGGCAUUACCUUGGCCUCCAGUAACACUGUGAGAAACCUUGGAGUCAUUUUUGACCAGGACAUGUCCUUCAAUGCACAUAUUAAACAAAUAUGUAAGACUGCUUUCUUCCAUUUGCGCAACAUCUCUAAAAUUAGAAAUAUCCUGUCUCAGAGUGAUGCUGAAAAACUAGUUCAUGCAUUUAUUACUUCCAGGCUGGACUACUGUAAUUCACUAUUAUCAGGAAGUCCUAAAAACUCGCUGAGAAGCCUUCAGCUAAUCCAAAAUGCUGCAGCAAGAGUACUGACAGGGACUAGAAAGAGAGAGCAUAUUUCUCCUGUUUUGGCUUCCCUUCAUUGGCUUCCUGUUAAAUCCAGAAUUGAAUUCAAAAUCCUGCUCCUCACAUACAAGGUCUUAAAUAAUCAGGCCCCAUCUUAUCUUAAUGACCUUGUAGUACCAUAUCACCCUAUUAGAGCACUUCGCUCUUGCACUGCAGGCCUACUUGUUGUUCCUAGAGUAUUUAAAAGUAGAAUGGGAGGCAGAGCCUUCAGUUUUCAGGCCCCUCUUCUGUGGAACCAACUUCCAGUUUGGAUUCGGGAGACAGACACUAUCUCUACUUUCAAGAUUAGGCUUAAAACUUUCCUUUUUGCUAAAGCAUAUAGUUAG